GCGCCUCGCAUUCCAAUGCCAUCGAGAUGUGAGUAGAGUGCGGCGGGACUUCGCUGCUUCCCAACGCGACUCUCCGUCUUCCACGCAGUUUGUAAGGGUUCAAAAUGUCCAACUCCAAGGAAGGGACCUCCUGUCCCGACGGCUACCGGGCUUUAAGCACUACCGAGCUGAGGGAGCUUUUACACAGCGACGACAAAAUGGACCAAAUUAUUCGACUCAAUGAGAAGUUCCAGGAGCUCCAGGUUGACCGGGACAUGCAGCUGACCUCCAACCGGAGCCUGGCCGAGGAGAGCCUGGCUCGGCGACCCCGCCUCAACAACGGCAAGCUCCAGCUGGCAGAGAAGUACAAGGAGCUGUCCAACCUCGUAACCACAUGCUGGGAAAAACAGAGUCAGCUGGAGGCUCGCGGGCCGAGGCGCAGCCUGCAGACGGCGCAGAACCUCCUGCAAGAGGAGGUGGCACGUGCUGAAGAACACUCCGAGGAGCUGCUGGAGAAGUUCAUGGAGGGCAACGUGAGUCUGGAUGAGUUCCUGGAUUCGUUCCAGAGCUCCAGGAAGAUCUACCACAUCCGCCGGGCUCAAACAGAGAAGAUCCAGGAGGCCGUUCAAGCCAGGAAGCAGCCCAAUAAAAGCAAGAGACCCGAGGAGAGUCGGGUCCCAGAGGCGAAGAAGGACUCCGAGCCGCAGCAGGAGCCUCAGCGGCCCAACGGCUUUGUGGCACAGGGGCCGCUCCGAGUGUUCCAGGUCCGAUACGGCUUGACACCGGCCAUCCUUGUCCCCCAUUACCCUGUUUCCCCCCCUGCCUCUGCGCCGAGCCAUCAAAACCCUGCCUCUGAACCCCCAGUGGGCCAGACCCACAUCUUGAGCCCCAGCAGCCCGAUCCCAGGACAUGGCCAGCCAGUCGGCCUCCGGGUCAUAGGCCAGCUGCCGGGCGGCUGGCCCGCUAACGGGCGGCCGGUCCGGGUGCAGCAGCUCUACAGACCCAACCCGCAGCAGCCCGAGCCACCGUACCGAUAAGCUCCAGCAGGGGGCAGUAUAGAGACAGUUAGAGAGGUCUUCCAACCCCUGGAGCCAAGCGGCGGCUGUCAGUCACCCAGGCAGGCAGGCAGGACCGAGGUCCGACGUUUUUGUUGUCCUCCAUGGCAGGAAAGCAAGAACAGAAAGGUAGAGAGGCGGCAGACAGGAGAACCGGGGAUGGGCUGGGAAAACGGCUCAGGUUCAACUCUGGUGAGCUAAUCUCCUCCAAAACAUCCACUAAUCUGCUUUUAUUACUUCAUAAAACCAAAACAGGAACAGCUGCUGUGUGCUGGUUUGAACCUUUCUGGGUCCCUCAACAUUUUCUACAUAGUUUAUGCAAAACAAAUAAAAAAUUUCUUAGGGAAUUUGUAUUUUCUUUUAUAUAGUUUUUAAAAUAAAUGGAGCAAUCUGCAGCCAUUAACCAUUUUUGUGCCCUUCUGAAUCUUUGGUUAUAUCAGCUCUUGGGCCAGACUUUAAAAAAAAUCCAGCCUUCUUCAAAUUAAACCAAAUUUUUGUGAAAUCAUCGAAGGCUAACAAAAUUAUAAUGACACAAACAAAAACUUCUGCUGCACAAGCGUAGCAUACAUAGUUGAUUGACACCAUAUUUCAAAUGAUUUUGUAAAUGUGGACCAGCUGGUUGACCUUUGAACUCCAAAGAUAUUUGUCUUUAAAAUGAUAGCGGCACAAAUGUAAACUUGACACCAUUUUCGUUUAAUUUUUCUGUUGCUCUUUGCCACAUUGUUUUUUUUAAACAAUGUGGCAAAGUGGUUUCAGAAAAGUUCUCAUCCAGAUGAAUCUGCCCAAAUCAUUGUUUUAAACAUGCCAAACCCGUAGGGGGCAGUGUAGCACGCAGCUAAAUCCUGUGAGCCAAUCGGAUUUCUUCAAAAGAACUAUAACUUCCUGUUCGAAACUAAGCAUGGUGCCCGGAGGUUCGAUUGUCUCUACAGAUAUAUAGGCUCAGCUAUUUUUAAAUAUUGUAUUGGAAUAUUAAGUUAUUAAAACAUAAAAUGAUGCAGAUUGGGAAUCAUGUCAAAGCAGAUACGUGAAUUAAUUGGUGCAUUAUUUGUCGCAGACUGCGAUGUGCAGGACCGUAAAUCUGUUUCUGAAUGUACACACUAGCACAAAAACUGAGUUUUCUCAAAUUUGAUCGGAGUUUUAAUAAAUAAGUGUGGAUGAAAGGGCAAAGCGAAUAAAAAUUUGAGUCUAUGGACACAAGAUUUUCUAUUUGCAUAUUUUUAUCACUUAAACUGGAAUUUUGGUGAUUAGAAAGUCUGGAAAUGUGUGAAUAUUAUGUAGUUAAAGACUGCAGUUUAUAAUGGCACUAAACAAAAUGGUGAGGAACAAAAAUGAAGGGACCCGAGAGGGUUGACCCAUAAAAACGCAACCAAGAGAAGUUUUUUGUAUUUUCCAGCCUUUAGAUAAGAGAGACAACACUGCUGCUAUCGAAGCCCAUCCCCAUGGAGAACAACAUGUUUUUAAUGGUUAAUUCAAAUUAUUUUCUAAUAUAUUUUGUAUUUUACAACAGUGAAAAUAUGAAUAUGAAAGCACAGAGCAAAGUCAGAUGUUGGAAGAAGAGGAGAAAGGAUCUUAUUGUUAGUUCAUACAGCUUGAAACAAAGAGAAGCUCAUCCAGCUGAACGAUGACGUCAGUAAAGAGGCGUUGGACAUAAAGUCCUGUUGUUUUCCGUUUAAAACAGAGACCUUCAUGCUUGGAGUCGUUCCCAGGAUUGGGAACGCUGCGGGAAGUUGGAAGGAAUGCGGCUGCAGACUCGUCUCUUUCAGCCUUUCUGCUGCGACUUCAUUAGCCUGGCUCGUCGGCGGGCGGCUUAUUUAUUCAUGUAAAUCCAGAUUUUUACGUCCGACUUCAAAGCUCCUUGUUUACCGAAUGAGGAGCUGCUUCCGCCUUUCCAAGGAAGCCACCGUUUUUAUUCCUGAGCCGCAAAGUGCGAAUGUCACCACUUCCCCGCCGCCUGUCCUGCAGAAAUUUACAAAAGAAAGCAGUUUGGCUCUGUUCUUCAACAUCAGUUUGUUCAUCGCUCAUCGGUAUCUCAUAAGUGCAUGCUUACAACAGCUUGUUCAAGUACAUGAAAAUGCCUUCAAAAAGCCAGCGCCCAGUCGCAUAAUAAACAGGGAGAAGAUUUAAUUUGACUUUCUCUUCUAAUUUGAAAAAGAUCCUUUAAAUGGGGGGGAAAAGUGAAGUGACUGGUUGUUUUUGUGUUUAACUCUUCAUAACAAGGAAUUAAUUUUUGUGUUUAGUAGCUUUUCAGUCCCUGAGCUUAAUGUGCUUUUAUUACAGGGGUGGGCAACUCCAGGCCUCGAGGGCCGGUCUCCUGCAACUUUUAGAUGCAUCUCUACUUCAACACACCUGA